UUCUACACAUUGUUGCAGAUUCCACAAUUAUUGUGGGUUAAUUUCGUCAUGAGUACACUGGCCGCCAUUGCCCUGGUCACGGAACAACCCAACAUGGAUGUUAUGUUGCGUAAACCUGAUGGUCGCUGGAAGGCUCUCAUUUCAAGGACUAUGAUGAAAAACAUCUUGGGUCAAGCUCUUUUCAUGAUCUCCGUACUUCUCAUACUGCUAUUUUACGGAGACGGGAUAUUCUGCAUGGAUACAUGUGCUGACCCUGAUGACAUCAAUGCUUCCCGCGUUCAUUUCACGGCCAUUUUCAAUACGUUCGUCUUGAUGAAUCUUUUCAACGAACUCAACGCUCGCAUGACAAACGGCCUGCGAAAUAUGUUCAGUUGUAUCUUGCCGCAACUCAUCUUCCCAUUUAUUUGGAUCUGCACUCUAACUAUUCAAAUCCUCAUCCUACAAUUCGGCGGCUCUGUGUUCUCGACGACGCCCUUGUCUGCGAAGUUGUGGUUUUAUUGCAUCCUGUUGGGGGCGGCAGCUUACAUUUGGGGGCAGCUCAUCUCCUUCAUCUCGAUGCCCAAGAAUAUCUGCAAGUUUGGACGCAGAGACCGCGCAGCCGCUGAUCUAUGCGACAACGAGAAAGUGAAUUUCGAAGAGAUGGAAAACGAAAGCGAGGGCAAAACUCUUAGACUUUUGUGACUGGCUACUUUACUUCUAUCCAAAACUCCUUCAUAAGCUAUAAAAUUAUCUUUAAAUUAUUCACUAUGCCAUCUGCUCUGAAUAUUAUUCUAGGGGUUCACGUGUCGUGCUGUUUA